CAGCCGCUAGAUGUCAGUGUAAAAAACAAUUCACAUUAAAGAUGCAAUCAAGCAAGAAGUGACGCGCAUGCGCGUGUUAAGGAUACGUCAGCCCUUCCAUCAAAUACACAGAGCUACGUGGCUUAACUCCUUUCCUCUCGCUACUUGCAAAACAACCUCGGACAAGCUAAAAUGGAUCAAGUCAUGCAGUUCGUCGAGCCUAGUCGGCAGUUCGUCAAGGACUCCAUAAGGCUGGUAAAGAGAUGCACGAAACCCGAUAGAAAAGAAUUCCAGAAAAUUGCGAUGGCCACAGCGAUUGGGUUCGCCAUCAUGGGUUUCAUUGGAUUCUUCGUCAAACUGAUCCACAUCCCCAUCAACAAUAUCAUUGUUGGUGGUUGAAUGCCGUGAACAUCAAAGACCAGAAGAUGAAAUUGCAAAAAUCCAAUGGGGAAGACUGAAAGGAUGAACUUUUUUAUGUUUCGUUUUCUUUCUCUGUGUAAAUAAAACAAUGGGAACUGUU